CUGAAGGCUUUUUCCAAACGGCCGUUACUCCGAUUCCCGAUACUGACAAAUUAAGAAUAGUCGUGUCAGCAGCAGGAUGAAUAUUAUUCAUCCAAUGAUUCUCUGAGUACGAGGUACCAUAGUACCUAGACAUACCUGGACAUCUUUGAUGGCUUGAUGGCUUAUGCACAAAGCUCGUUGACGUGCUUUUAGACCUUGGACAUUGACACCUGAACAACAGUCUCGACCGAUCUCCAUGACUGGGGUCUUAGGCCGGCUGGUUUGAGUGGGGUCUCUCCGUUUGAGGCGUAUGCGUAUGGGAGAGAAAAAAACAAUAUUUUGAUAAGGGUCCGUUCCUCCCUGCCGUGAAACGGACAAGCUCAUAAGACAUACAUAACUGCCCAAGUUUCCAACUAUCACUUUGAAUCUUCUCGAUUCUCUCUUCCUACUUCUUUACGACUAAUACCUCGACAAUACACAAUACGUAUUCUGGUAUUUCGACAACAACCCUACAACUUCUCAUUUUGUAGUUUAUCCCUCUUUCUUUGUAGACUGUUUAAGUCUAUUACUUCCUCAUCCUAGACAACUUAGCUAGGUACCCACAAAACACAACAUAACACAACGAAACCUCUAAGCAACCGGACUUCGCCAACCACAAUGACCAAAACAAUUGUAGUUCUUGGAGGUGCCUACGCAGGCGUGGGAGUCGCACAUAGACUUCUGAAACACACGAAACCCUCAGUGAAGGAUCUGAAAGUUAUCCUCGUUUCUAAGAACAGCCACUUCUACUGGAACCUAGCAUCGGUCCGUGCUAUCGUGCCCGGCGCCUUGAAGGAGGAGCAGUACAGCUUGCCGAUCGAGACGGGAUUCGCCAAGUACCCGGCGGACUCCUUCGAGUUCAUUGUCGGAUCCGCCGAGGGCGUUGACGUUGCCGACAAGAUCGUUAGGGUCGUGACCAACAGCGGCGAUGAGAAGGUCCUAAACUACGACCACCUAGUCGUGGCCACUGGCACGCGCGCCAUCAACGCCACCGUUCCAUGGAAGAGUAACGGCACGUACGAGGAGACCGCGGCCCAAAUCGCCGGCAUCCAGGACAAAGUCAAGAGCGCAUCGCACAUCGUCAUCGCAGGCGCAGGCGCCACCGGCGUCGAAGCCGCCGCCGAGCUCGCCUUCGAGUACGGCGACAAGAAAGAAGUCGUCCUGCUCUCCGGCGACGCAGAGCUACUAGGCGGGGACAGCCUCGCCUCCAACGUCGCGGGCGAGCUCAAAAAGCUCGGCGUCAAAGUCCGCAAGUCGGCCCGCGUGACCGAGACGAACGAGCUUCCCGACGGCAAAACCGAGGUCGUGCUCCAGGACGGCGAGAAGAUCUCCACGGACCUGUACCUCCCUACCAUGGGGGUCGCGCCGAACACCGACUUCCUCCCCGCGAACCUGCUGACGGAUAAGAAGUUCGUCGACAUCGACGAGUUUUAUAAGGUCAAGGGCGCCGAGAACGUCUGGGCUGCUGGCGACGCCGUGUGGAAGCCCAAGGGGAGCUUUGUGCUUGCUGAUAAGCAGGCUGCCGGUGUCGCCAAGAACAUCGACCUCGCGCUCAAGGGCAAGCCGCCCGUCGUCGUCAAGACGAUACCGAUGGACGUUCUAAUGGUGGCCACGGGACGAAACCGCGGCGCCGGUCGUCUCGGCCCCGUCAAGGUCUUCUCCAUCAUGGUGUACAUGAUAAAGGGUAAGACGCUCGGCACCCAGCAAUUGGCGGGCUACGUCGACGGCAGCGCUUUCUAGACGCCUUCCGUUUGAAAUGCCCAUGGUUUUUGGUUAUAAGUCUUCCCGAAUGGAUGAAUCGGUUUUGGAUGAGAUCGGAUAAUAAGUUGCUGCGACGAGAAUUGGGACCGAGAAGAGAAGAGAUCGUAAUGCGUAACCCCCCAAAGAUAGAUACCCCUAGUUACCCCUUUUGGAUGAUGGGACGCUUCUUGAUAGUAACCGAGUAGCGUUGUAAUAGAGAAUAGAUGGUAUUUCUCGUAACAAGCCGAUUCUUGCAUUUCGUCUGUGCUACCUACCUACCUAGGUAUUCAGCGUUCAAACACUAGAAAAUAAAAGGUUUAUCAAAU